AUUGUACUGAAAGUAAUAUUCAAAUUUCGUUGGUUAAAAAGUGCAAUUGGUUUUCGUUCUCACGAAGUCAUUUAAAAUCAAGGAGAAUUGAAAACCAAACAGUCUAUUGGUAUGGAAUCUGAUGAUAGCUGCGAAAUAUCCUCGGUAAUUACAAGAGCAGAUACCAAGUCUGAUUUAUCUGAUAAUCAUAUCAGUGGCUGGAGUAGUCAUCAAAAUUUAAGGAAAGCAAACUAUCCAAGUUGCGAUGGCUACCUAUCAAACGUAGAGGUAUUAUCAGAUAGUUGCCCAAACAAACAAUUUCACAUAUUUUUGCUAAAGCUGAGAGAACAAAGAAGGAAGAUUAAACUCCUGGAACAAGAGCGUAUUGGCUUUUUGGAACAAAUAGCCAGUCUCUGUUCAUCUUUAGAAAAAAAGCAACAAGAGUUGGUUGACGUUUUGAAACUUUCGGAAGAAAAAGCUAAAUAUCACGCUCAUUACAUGACGGAGGUUAGUAGUCUACUAGCCGAACUGAAAACACUAUUUUCGGAGCAUUCAAACUGUUUUAAUCCAGAAAAUCAGAUUUUAAUAGAUCAGGGUGAACUUGGGGAUAAGAAUGAAGUUUCAAAUGGUACCGGUACUGAAAAAGUACCCUCCAAUUCCACUAUUGGUUCAAUGAAAGGCGCUCUUCGUUCGGAAUUUCAGAAAGAUCAUCGUGGUCGUGCUCUAAUUAAUGCACUUUCUACUACUGUAAAUGCUGCCAAAAAUAUGAACAGCAAAAAAUUGUCGAAAAGCGAUCAUCCUCCACAAACCCAACAAAUAUUUGAUACGUUAUCAUCCAAACCUUUAAAUAGUUCUGAUCCUAUUAACGCAUCCACAAAUCAGUUGCCUAAUAAAUUAAAUCGACACGUUCAGGUGACAAAAAAUCUUAUAGCUUCAGAUGUUUGCAUAUUACCAUCAUUUUGUUGGAACACUGACCAUGUUUUGUACUGGUUACGUGAAUAUGUUUGCUUACCUGGUGGAUGUUUGGAAGCUGCUAGUCGACUUCGUUUAGAUGGUAAACAAUUAACAAGUGUUUUCGACAGAAAAAUUGAAAAACAGUUACAUCUUAAUGAUGAAGGAUUAAGGAAAAAAUUUUUCACAGCUCUCGAAGAUUUACGAAUACAUGGACCACCUGGUAUAUCACGGCAUCCAGGACCAAGCCAUAUAAGCUAUCAGUGGAUUUGUGAUAUUUGGUUAAAACAUCAUUUAGGUCUUGUACAGCUUAUUCCUAUAUUUUCAAUUCGACGUGUGGAUGGUCGAAUGUUGUCUAGUUUAAUCACAUAUAAACGUUCAAAACAUUACAUUCAGCAUAAAAAUAGACUAAAAAGUAAAGAUAUUCAUCACAAUUGUAAUAACAAUAAUAAUAGCCAUAAUAUAAUCAUUUCUAAUCCUAAUGGUGAUUUUCCUGUUUCAAAUCCUUCACAACAGAAUCUUAUCAAUUUGAAAAAUAAUCAAAUUAAUGGUAGUAAGAGUAGUAAUAGUGAUAAUGUUAGCAAACAUUCUAGUAUUAAAAGUAUUUCGUCUGUAUCUUCUACAAGCAGCUUAACUAACGCUGUUCAAGAUUCCAGCAGUCAUAUUGAUAGCAGUAACAAAUAUGAUAAUGAUAAUGAAUAUAUUGAACGUAAUUGGCAAGUUGCUGGACAUAGAGAAAUGUUACAUAUUUUAUUAGGUUUGUCGCAUAAAUCAUCAUCAUCGUCGAGUAGUGGUGCAGAUUUAUCUAUAGAUUCUAGAUAUUUACUUGGCAAAAAAGAGGCUGAAAGUUUACGUACUGCUAUUGAAUUAUUGCAUCAUCAUAAUUUCAAUAUAGAGCUGAUAGAACAAAUUCGUGCUAAAUCUGAUCUUUCCGAGUUAGAUCUUUUGUAUUGGACAAAUGAUCAUAUUGUUAAGUGGUUAUCCGAUUUGGGUUUAAGUGAUUUUGUGCAUGGAAUUAAUGCAAGUGGUUUACACGGUGCAUAUAUGGUACUUGAUACAACGUUCGAUUUCAAUACAUUGAUUAAACGUUUGCAUAUACCAUUGAAUGUUGCAGUGAUGUGUAAAUUAGAGGAGAAUUUACAACGAAUAUUGAAACCAGCUAGAAUUCGUGAAGGUAUAUCUACUAAACAGCAUAGAAUCUUUCGUCGACGUAGUAUUAGUCGGCUGAACUGUACAAACAGUAUAAUGCAACGUAGUAUGACAUCAACCAAUACAAUCAAUGGAAGUUGUUCAUCGUUGAUAAAUUCAUCAGAAUUCCUAACCAAAUCAUCUACAGAUAAUAAUAGUUAUAAGCAUUUAAAAAUGAAUGGAGAUGUAUAUAAUAUGAAUCAUAACAAAAAUACUGUCAUAACAUCUCUUACUAAAACUGAUGUUAUUCGCGAUGCUGAAUCAUUGAAUCUGACCGUUAAGGAUAUCGAUUUAACACUAAAUAAUCCAAUUGGAUUGACGCCGAGACGCGAGAAACGUCGGAUUCUAACAGUUACCGGUGAUUUAAUGAAUUCUAAUCGUUUAACACGUGUAUUUACACGUGGUCAUAAGACAUCAAAUGUCAAUGAGCAGUCAAAUAAAUCACUACUAAAUACACAAGUAUCCAAACAAUUAUCAGUAAUGGGAUUGAAUAAUAAUAAUAAUGGCAUUAAUUUUAACAGUUCCAAUGAUAAUUUAGACUGGUCAUCUGACAUUGAAGAUAAGUCAAGCACUUUAGUAAGAAAAACAUCUGAUAAAAGUUCAGACAAUUCUUCUGCAUUAAAACAAUUAAAUUCAUUAGAUUGUAAAAAAUCUACUCCACCUAGACAAGUUGUUCAGCCUCAUGAAGCUCCACUUCUUGAUCCUUUUGGUUCUGAUUGUGGCAAGCCUCGUUUACGGAUUCUCCUAGGACAAACAAAUCGUUUAAAUUCUCUAACUGGAAUAUCUUCAACAUCAAAUAUGAAAUUUAAUCCCAAUACCACAUACAAAAAUAUCUCAGAUCAUAAAAAUAAUUUGGUUAGUCACCAGUCUCUAGCAAAAUCCUGUAUGACAUCUACAUUUACUGCCACAAGUCUUGUAUCAAAAGGAAGUACGAAUUCAAUCAAUAGUAUCUCUUCUUCGUAUAUAAUCCCAAUUAGUAAAACAGAUUUUUAAAAUCUACCCAUAAUUAUUUUCAAUAAAUUCUACGAAACAGUAUUUCCUUCAUUGUAUUUUUUUCUCCCAUGUGAUUUAUUCACUCUUUGGAUAUUUUUUAUACUUUAGUACAUCAUCACUAAUGUAGACAACCAAGUUACUGCAUUGAUUCUGUCAUUUUAUCAUGAACCUUUAUUUGUUCAACAGUAAAUAUUUCUAUAUUAAGGUGGCCCUAAUGAUGGCUACCAAUUUUUUUUAUCUUGUAAUUGUACAGAAACAAUAUAGAAAAACUCAAUGCAUAAUUCAGUCCGUUCGCCCUACGUUUUGUGCUUAAAAAUCAAUAGAUUAUGUAAACAAAAAGAGAAUUCAGCAAUUGCUGCAGGAUUAUUAUUAUUAUUAUUAUAUUAAGAUUCACGUCACCAAAAUUAUUCGUACAUGUAUACAAUAUGAAAGAUAAUAUAUCUAUAAUAUGUAUAUAUACUACUUAAAAUGAAUGGGCUUUAUCAUAUGUAUCAUUUUUGGUCACUGCUAUUUCAUUUUCUUUCAUAAUCUACAAUGGAUUGUUUUAAUAAUCAUUAUAUUUUCAUUUCAUCAUUAAAUGUUGGAUUUGUAUGAUAUUGAACUUAUUCGAAUCAUACUAUGAAAAUGUAAAUUGAUGAUUUUUCUAUCUAUAAUUUAAAUGUAAUUAAAAUAUCGAAUUAAUUGGGGUUUUUUAAUCUUCAAUGUUUAAUAAUAAAACUUUGAUUUGUUUAUACGCCUCUUAAAUUAAUUAAUCGUUAAAGUAAAAUUUCUACUCCUUUCCUUUUCACUUUUUUUAAAAUGUGAGUUAGGAGACACUGUCAAAAAACAAAUAUUUUUGUUCCUGUUAUUAAGGUUUCCUUCUUACAAAUUUAACUAAACAUGACACAUGUGAUUUUACACGUAAACAAUAUGAAGGUGAUAUACUAAUUGGAAGUGGAGACUAGUUCAAUGGCUACUACAGCAUCAAGUACCUUCAUUUAUUGAAUGUUUGACUUUGAAAAUUGGCUUUUGGAUGUCCAUCAGGUUGCUCAUUUGCUAAAAUGCAAUGGGAUUUUUUUUAACUAUGGUUAGAUAACUAUCUUUCUAACAUGUAUAAUUUCUAACAAAAAAGCUGUUUAACUGAACAAAUAUCUUUCUAUAACUGGUGAGGAAUUCUUCAGCCCUCUUAUCUGUAAUCUAUUUUCCAGUUCAGUAAGUUUAAUAGAUUAAAUAAUCG